CAGUGAUGUGCAGCUUGAACAAUAGUGAAAAAUGUGAAAUUAGUUUGAAAACUAGAAAUAGUUUGAUGUUUAUUUUACAAAAAGCGAAGCAUCGAGUGUUUGCGAACUGAAUUUUGUAGUACUUGAAGUUCUAACGGAUAAAUUCGGUCGGUUUUGAGCGGACUUAAAUCGCAUCGUGAACUACAGAAGGAAUUGUGGGGCUGACGCUACGCCCUCAAUAGACCUGCCUGCCUAUAGUUAUAGCCGUUAUGUGGAGGGACCGGGAGUGUUUUGCUUUUUACAGGAAUCCUUAGGAAAAGGUUAAAAUUGUGUUCGGAAGCACUAAUAUUUGAUUUGCUUUAUUCUUUUAAUUUAUUUUACUUGGGGGAAAUGUGAAUUUUGAACUGCCACGGACAAAUUGUGAUCUAAUGUGAAUGAACAUUGAAACAACCUACACGACCUGAAAAUGAUACAGGCCAUCGAAGAUGUCAGUGAUUGUGUGCCACUGUAUCUGCCGCAUAGCCUGUACCUUAAACCUUCAUCGAAGUUUAAUGUGUCGGUGGCACUACCGAAUGCCAUUACCGGCAAGACCAUCUCCAAUUAUGAAGUCAUGGAGAAAAUGCGUCAAAUGAUCCUGCCAGAUAAAUUUUCGAUGCUAAAGAUUCGUUCUCUAUCGCAGGUCUCGAAAAGCACGGUCGGUUUUAUCCGCUUCGAAUGUGAACUUGAAGAUCGUGGCAAAUUGCGCCAUGUGCUAGGACGACUGGAUGGGCGUCCUAUUCGACUAGCCGGAUUUAGUGAAUCCGUGAAACUACGGGCCUCGGAGGCAAAAGAUGAUUUUCCAACAAGGCACGAUUGGGACUCGUUCUUUCGAGACGCACGCAAUAUGGACGAAAUGAAAGCGGGUGAACGACCGGAUACAAUACAUCUCUCCAAUUUGCCGAUUAAAUGGUUUUGCCCUCGUCACCAAGAAAAUGAUGACAGCGCAAAGCCGAGUGAGAGUAUUUUCAAGCGGAUAUUCGAAAAAUUCGGCGAUGUUCGUUGUGUCGAUAUUCCAAUUUGCGACCCAUAUCGAGCGCAGAUGAAGUCACACAUGUCUGGAAUGCAAAAGUUUAGUUUCGAUCAGGAGAUGUACUUUGAGGGCUACGUUCAAUUUAGCGAGUAUGUUGGCUUUGUCAAAGCUAUGGAUGAAUUCCGUGGGAUGAAAUUGGUCCGAAAAGAAGCGGAUAGAAAUUCAGCUAUAUCCAUAUCAGUGGAAUUUGAUCGUACGAAACACCUGAGUGAUGCUUCGAUUAAGAAGCGAAAGGUGGUUCGCGACCGGUUAAUCGCCACGGAUCGCGAAAAGGAGGAACAGGAAAAGAAACGGAUUGCUGAAGAGAAGGCAAAGAAAGAGCGCGAGAGAAAACGACAGGAGGAACUGGUCAAAGCGGAAGAAUUAAAGCGAAUGCAACGCGAGCAACGUCGAAAGGAGAAGCAUUUACAGAAGCUGCGGCAACGAGAGUCAGAUGAAAUUAGUCUUAAAAUUCUACAGGAGGAAAGGAAACUGAUGGAAACGCAACGGAAGCUAGAAAGCAUUAGACUGUUGGAUGCACUAUUUGAAAGGAUAAAGACUAAACAGGCUUUACUAUCCGGCAAAGCUAUCAAAGUUAUAAAAACGGAAACCGUUAAGCAACCUUCGUCAAACAAAAAGGCGGACAAAAUGAAGGCCACUCAGGAAAAAGAGAUUGAAAAAAUGCGCGUACGCGUGAAGAGCGUCCGUGAUGGGAACCUACUGAAGAAUUUUCUCGGAACAUCUGGUCGGGCUUCUGCUAGCAAAUCUCGCUCGCCAAGCAUAAACAGCAUCAGCUCGGACGACAGCAUUCUCAACGACUAUCCCGUAGAUGCUAAAAAGAAGAAGAAAAAGAAGAAAUCCAGCUCCGAUCUUAGCUCUACCAAUUCGGACAUUUCAGAGAACGAAGAAGUUGAGGAUACGCAGGAAGGAACCAGUGCUGCCGUUCCAUAUCCUGUGGCACCAUCGGUGAUGCCACCGGGAGCCUACCCCGGAAUGUAUCCGGGAUUUGAUUGGGCUGCAUUAGGAUAUCCGUACGCUUAUGAUCCGUUUUAUGCGCAACGAGCUGGAUAUUAUGCGAGUGCCAUGGCCUAUCGCGGAUUUCGUGGGGCUCCACGCGGCUCAAGAUUUCCAAGAAGCCGAGGUAGGGGAGCCUAUCGUGGACGUGGCUACGAAUAUUACCGAGAGAGAGAUGAUUACGGUGACUACGACUAUCAUGAUCGAGAUAGAGAACGCGACCGUGAUCGAUCCAGAACGCGGUCGUACUCGCGCUCAAGAUCAAGAUCUCGUUCCAGAUCUCAUCGUAGACGUUCUCGCAGCAGAAGUCGUAGUCGUUCUAGAGGACGCAGCCGGUCCCGUCGUUCCAGGAGCAGAUCUCGAUCAUCUCGAUCAAGUUCCAGGUCAAGAUCUAGCCGUCGAUCUAGAACGAGAUCACGAUCGAAAUCCCGUCGAUCAGAAUCUAAAUCAAAAAAAUUAGUACAGGUUUCAAAGCCCACAUCUAAACACCUUGCUUCCACAAUAAGAAACUCACGAUCACGAUCAAAGUCCCGAUCGAGAACUCGAUCAAGAUCACGCUAUCGCCAUCGAUCGAAGCAUCGUCAUCGGUCUUAUACAAGACGUUCACAUUCAAAAGAACCGGACGAUGAAACCGUUCCCGAGUCAUUUCGAAAGCACCGAAUUGUACUGCAAACUGACAAGCUAGUCAAAUCGGCUAAGGAAAUCGAGGAGGAAGUUCGUGAACAGCUGCGCAAACAACAAGAAGAAGAGGAUCGUCAAUUAAAAGAAGAUGAAGGCAAAAAAUAUCAAACAGAAAACGAUGCAGAGCCAGUGCAAACUAAUAAUCACAAACGGUCCAAGCGCUCAUCGCAGUCGAAGUCGCAAUCGCCAUCCGAUUCCUUACGAAAUCACUCUUAUCGUAGGCGCUCUCGCUCUCGUACUGCAAGUAAAGGUCGCUCGAAUGCAUCCAUCACUAGAAAACAGCGUAAAGCAUCUUCCAGGUCUAGAUCCACUUCGAGUGAGAAAAGUUCCAAUGACAAGCGUCGACGACAUUCUCCUCGUUCAAAAUCACCCAGAAACUCGCCAGAAGCUCAAAACAACAGUGAUGGACAAAAGCGCUAUACAAAAAAUAGUUCACAAUCAGAACGUUCCGAACGGAAACGCAGAUCUCACUCGACCGACGGUGCACAAGUAACCGUUUCCAAGCGUAGAGACAAAGCUGACAGCUAUGCCAGCUAAAUAUUGGUUUUAGAAAUUUGUUCGCUCGACUGGUAUAGAUUUGCAUUAACUAUUGUUUUAACAUUGGUAGGAACAGAUUCAAUCAUUUCAAAAUUCAUUAAAUUUGCAAAAAUUGUGAAUUAUGUUUUACAGUGUGAAUAAAUAAAUGACGUUGCGGCAUGCGUUAUGGCCUUGGCUCAAAGCCAUAUAAAACAAUAUU